AUGAACGAUAAUUUAAUAAUAAUCCCAUUUCCUACACCAGAAACAUCAGAAAAUCAAAAUAAAAUACGAAAGAAGAGGGAACCAAACAUUUUUAUAACAUAUCGGAAUGAAAUGAUGAAGAAGAAACCGCUGAAUAUGACAAUGACAGAAUACAGCAAACUUGUAUCGGACUGGUGGCGAAAAAUCCCGGAAUAUGAAAAGGCAAAACGGAAGAGACAAUAUCAAAUCAAUCGAGAUCAAAAGCAACUUUUAAAUGAAAAAUGGGAUCCUCGUGAUACUCGGUACGGAUUCAGUGCUGAGAGUAGUGAAGCUGAAGAACUUGCGGAAGGUUUGCUCUCAAUCGUCACGGUAUUUGUUGCAAACGGAAUGUGUUCUGUCACCAAUCGUAGACGAAAACUAAUGUCCAAGAAGAUCAAGAAUUCCAAGAUCCCAGCAGGCAAGACAUAG